GAGAAUGCAGACGGGAGGGGAGGAGUUCACGUCUUUUACUUUUCAAAGCUCCUCUGGCAGAAGAGCUCAGUCUUUGCCUGGAAAACCGCGGAGUUUGGCGCUGAGGCGUCCCGGGCACGUGACCCCCCCUCCUUCAGCCAGAUUAAUCGCUUCACCGCUGCAGCCUCCGAUUAAACUUUCCAUGCUGUUGCCCGUCCGACGGACAGCACUUUGGAGGUUUGUGUGGACCGUGUUCGCUCCCGCUCGCUCGCCCGUCCGCCGCGCUCCGGCUCUCCACCCUCGGCUCUCCAGGUUCAAAGGGGCUCACGCGGCCAGUGGAGCUGGCCCGGGUCUCCAGCACGCAUGGAGGGAGACGUUAUGGACAAAGUGGAGGCCACGGCAACGGUCCACGACUUCGACCCCAUCAGCGGAAGCAUCCCGGCCACCAAAGUGGAGAUAACCGUGUCCUGCAGGAAUCUGUUGGACCGAGACACUUUCUCCAAAUCUGACCCUUUGGUUGUGUUGUACACCCAGGGCGUAGAGACCAAACAGUGGAGAGAGUUUGGGAGAACAGAGGUGAUAGACAACACGCUAAACCCAGACUUUGUCAGGAAGUACAUCCUGGACUACUUCUUCGAGGAGAAGCAGAAUCUGCGCUUUGACGUGUAUGAUAUUGAUUCUAAAAGUCCAGAUCUGGCAAAGCACCCAACCGAAUUUAACGACUUCCUGGGACAGGUCUUCUGUACGCUGGGAGAGAUCGUGGGCUCACCUGCCAGUCGCUUGGAGAAACCGCUCGGUGGUAUACCCGGGAAGAAAUGUGGAACUAUUAUCUUGUCUGCGGAGGAGCUUGGAAACUGCCGAGAUUACGCCACCAUGCAAUUUUGUGCCAACAAACUGGAUAAAAAGGACUUCUUUGGAAAGUCAGACCCCUUCAUGGUCUUCUACAGAAGUAAUGAGGAUGGCACGUUCACUAUCUGCCACAAGACCGAGGUGGUGAAGAACACACUGAACCCUGUGUGGGAGCCCUUCUCCAUCCCUGUCAGAGCGCUCUGCAAUGGAGACUAUGACAGGACAAUCAAGGUGGAGGUGUAUGACUGGGACAGAGAUGGGAGCCAUGAUUUCAUCGGUGAAUUCACCACAAGUUUCAAAGAGCUGUGUCGGGGUCAGAACCAGCUGAAUGUGUAUGAGGUGGUGAAUGCCAAGAAGAAAAUAAAGAAGAAGAGAUACGUCAACUCUGGAACGGUAUCCUUGUUGUCAUUCAGUGUAGAGUCAGAGCACACCUUCCUGGAUUACAUCAGAGGAGGGACUCAGAUUCACUUCACAGUGGCCAUUGAUUUCACAGCAUCAAAUGGAAAUCCAUCACAGUCCACUUCACUACACUACAUGAACCCAUACCAGAUGAAUGCCUAUGCCAUGGCCCUGAAGGCAGUUGGAGAGAUCAUCCAGGACUAUGACAGUGAUAAGAUGUUCCCUGCCCUAGGAUUCGGUGCUAAGCUGCCCCCCGAUUGGAGGGUUUCCCACGAGUUUCCACUGAAUGGCAAUGUCGACAACCCGUACUGUAACGGUAUGGAGGGGAUUCUUGAAGCGUACCAUCAAAGCCUUAAGACAGUUCAGCUGUAUGGACCCACCAACUUCGCUCCUGUUGUUAAUCAUGUGGCAAGGUAUGCAGCAGCAGUGCAGGACGGAUCUCAGUACUUUGUCCUGCUCAUCAUCACUGAUGGAGUGAUUUCGGACAUGGCUCAGACCAAGGAGGCCAUAGUGAAUGCAGCCAAACUCCCCAUGUCUAUCAUCAUUGUUGGAGUUGGCCAGGCUGAGUUUGAUGCAAUGGUUGAGCUGGAUGGUGAUGAUGUCAGAAUCUCCUCACGGGGGAAGGUGGCAGAGAGAGACAUUGUACAGUUUGUACCAUUCAGAGACUACAUGGACCGCACAGGUAACCAUGUGCUGAGCAUGGCUCGACUGGCUAAAGACGUACUGGCUGAGAUCCCUGACCAGCUGAUCUCCUACAUGAAGAGCAGAGCCAUUAAACCCAACCCUGUGCCAGUGUAUUCGCCCAGUGAUGAGCCGCCGACCAACCCCGUGUGAGCCCCUCCCCGCCCACACACACAAAGCUCUGCGUCGGGCAGAGCAAGGUUGAGAUUGAUGGGAACCCGUCUCCACCAACACUUCUUUGAAGCAAAAAUGCUUUCGAGGCCCUUCCGUAAAUAUUAAUCCAGCGUAACACAAAGAUGAUGAGACUCCAUUGUGGUUUGGAGCAGUGAGACUGCAGAGAGGAACCUGCUAUGAUGAGGGAGCUUACUCUCUCUGAGUGCUUGAGGACCGGAGCGCUGAGAGACCGGUAUGAAAGGAGCUUUCAGUUGUUCACUGUCAAACCUGACAAAAUGGUGAUGUAAUGGAUAGCAAGUGAGCCCAUAAAGAGGGCCUGUUUGAAGGCAUAAAUAUAUUAGGAUGUGCCAGUGUGUAUCAUGUUUGUGAUACCUUUUGGAAUCAAUGUGUGUAAACUAGGAAAUCAUGUGUAUACUAAUUUAUUUAUUUAUUGCAGGAAUGAUCUGUUUCUUUUAGGGGGUUUUAAAGGGUGGGGUAUUAAAGUCAUAUUUCCCCAGAAGUUUUCCACCUUAUAUUUUGUGACCAGUAUAAUAAAAACGACCCCCAUUUCUACUUUGAUAAGGACUGUAAUAUAAGAGCAUGUGACAAAACCCAUUCAGCAGUUUAUUAAUCAUGUUCACCUAUGAAUAAUCUUUAAUUGCAAGCUAUAAAGUAGAGCACCUCCUGCGAGCUGUUGCCAUAUAGAUAUUUUAGCACCAUGUCUUAUACAUCUUUCUUAUAUUUAUAUUUACAGAAUGCACUAAAUAUUGUCCAAAUAAAAAGCACAAAGGCAAUAGUGGUGAUAAGCUAAAAAACUCUUAUUUUGAAAGGACUAGCCACAAUGACAAUAAUGGAAAGGGCCCUGAAUUAUGUUUUUGACAUUGUCUUUUUUAUUUUAAAUAGGAUUAUCACUACUAUUAUACUGAAAUUUAAAUUAACUUGUAUCUAUCAUAAAAACAAGCACAUACUCACUUUUCCAUGUAGUAUGCAAGGAAAUGUAGAUAAAACUAUUCUCAUGCUGCCAUCAUUUUCCAUCUUGCUGCUUCUUUCCAUUAUGUCUGUUGUGGUGACAGUUUAAUAUCUGAGAUUUAGUUCAGUAUUUUUAAAGGAGACUUCAAAUACGAUAUACUUUUGAAAGACUGAUGUCAACCAACAGCCAUUUUUCUCCUCAUUAAAUUUGAUUUGUUUGUUUUUCCCCAGAAUGAAGAUUGAACAAUCAUAAAUCUUGCAACAGAGUAAAAAAUAUAUUUAGGCACUGAGUGUUUUUUUAAGUGACUGCACAAAACAAAAACAGACUUUUUUUUAUUCCAUCCUGUCUGCUGUCCUCUGUCUCUCGACUGUUCUCAGAUCAUUUUGUUUUAUACUAAUGCACAACGGCCCAUUUUACAACUCAUCGGGAUGCUAUUUAAAUGCUUAAAAACACAAUUGCACAAUUCUGUUUUAAGAUUUAGUUUAAGCUUGUUGAUAUAUAUAUAUAUAUAUAUAUAUAUAUAUAUAUAUAUAUAUAUAUAUAUAUAUAUAUGUGUGUUUUAGGGGUGCAACGAUACACAAAAUUCACGGUUCGGUUCGAUACUUUGGUGUCACGGUUAUAUAUUUUUUCGAUACAAAAAAAUGUUCAUGCUUUUUUAAUUUGUCAUUUAUUAAAAUUAUAAAUAUAUAUUUUAACUCAAAAGUACAGUUUUUAAAUUUAAUGUUGCUGAAACAACAAAGUAAUAAAAAAAUAAAUCUAUCUGAUCGAGAAAUCACUCAUCUUUGGAAAAGAGGGUUUAUUACAGAGAAAUGGCUCUUUCCAAAAUAAAAGCUAUACUAUACGCUUCUUCUGGGGUAUAUUCUCAGCAGCAUAUUAAACAUAUCAGGUCCCCAUAAGGAGAAUCAUGUGCUAACGCUGUCUAAAUGACUCGGAUAAAGUUUGUAGCAUGCGUGCUUGUUGUUUUUGUCUGCUUCCACUUGUCUUUGCACUAGGAUGAUGUCGGCGUAAAUGUGCAGUCAUAUUCAAUCUCGUUGAAAUGACGUUAACGCCACAACACGGCAAAUCUCCGUUAACGAGCUACCGCGGAUCGCCCCGUGCGUGGGGCUGGACAGCGUCAACACGUUAACAAGCUAACUGCGCUAACGCACUAGUUCCCACCAAUGUAAUUGAGCACUGCGUGGCACAUCCGACAUACUGUUUUACUUUUGUCCAUGACGCGCUUACCAUCAGGGUCAUGCUUCACAUGAAGACCAAAAUAGUUCCAAACGCCAGAUCUGAAUUAGGGUGGGGGAGGUUCAAUUUGCCAUGUUACAACGACCUUAACUUCUGUCUCGCUAGCUUGCGCUGCGCUCAGUGGAUCUGCGCUCGACAGUGCAGCCUAGGCGGAUAAGUUGAACGCAGAUCCACUGAGCUCUCAACACAGACAGCAUCGUCAGAGGAAAAGUUGAUAAAAUACAUUAAAAAUUUUGUAUUGUUCGAUACACAUGCCUACCGAACCGAAAGCACUGUAUCGAACGGUUCAAUAUCGAUACGAGUAUUGUUGCA